AUGGGUCAGCUGCACACCUUGCUUUGGGCUGAGCCGCCGCCCCUGGCGGACGUUCCGGCUGCAGCUCCGGUUCCGCAGUCGGCCUUCCCUCUGCACAAGCUGCUGCUUUGCUUGUGCUGGCUGCCGUCGAGCUCACUGCUGGCAGCAGAGCUUUGCUGUCGCGAGCUCAGGGCGCUGGUCCUCCAGCGCGGCUUUUUGCCCGGGCUUUGCCUGAAUGAAGAACAGUUCUUGGGCAGCUGUGAAGGCGUGGUGUCAUGGCUCGAAGAGCGUGCCUCCUGCGCAGGCUGCCAGAAGCUGAUAUAUUUGGAGACUCUGAUCCUGCGGGCGAUGCCGACGCUCACAGAGUCCCACGUUAACCGACUCCUCCAUAUUUGCCCCGGUCUGAAGUAUCUCGAUCUCUCAGACAACGAGGAGACAUUGACUCCGCAGGUCAUGGACCUGCUGCGGGAGGCAGCUCCCCCGCUGGAAGUUCUAGUUCUCCCAACGCUGCGUGCGUCACACUUUCGUGCCGUGAGCACGCUGGUGAAAUUUCCAAAGCUGAAAGUCUUGGACCUUCCGUUGCAUCACCAGCCGGUCACUUCGGCUAUCAUCCAGUCUUCGAGGCUUCUGUCGCUGCGGCUUACAAGCAGCCUUCAGGAUGAUCUCUUGAAGCUGCUCGCGGAGGGCGGCCUCCCGCAACUUGAGGAUGUUUGGCUCCUCCGCUGUCCUGGACCAGUUCUGGCAGAGGCUGCGAAGCGCUGCCCCCUGAAGAGCAUCGGAAUCGCCGUGGAGCCCCCAUGCGAUUUCGAGUCUCUGACGCGAAUCAUCCAGGCCAGUGGAAGCAGGCUCCAAUUCCUCAACAUCCCAUCCAGGCUUCAACCGGGACAAGCCAGCAGAAACAUCGGCGACUUGCUGGCCGAGCUCUGCCCUGAACUUGAAGGCCUUUGCAUGCACACGGCCACCCUCCCGUUGACAACGGCUGGACUAUCGCAGCUGCUGCAUAGUUGUGCGAAGCUGCACAGAGUAUCGCUCUCACACGUGCAGGGAAGCUGCCUCGGUUCCGGUGCGCCGGCCCCGGUGGGGCCGAAAAGGUUGACAUUGGCUUCCUGCGAGCUGCCGUCGCUGGCGAAAAGCCCUUUCGCUCUCUGGCUCGAUGGGCCCCUGGUCGACCUCAAGCUGGAGCGUCUUCCGAACUACUGUCCGGACCCGGAGGAGGUGGAAAAGCUGCUGGCGGCUUCUUCCGUCUCCGAGGACCUUGCUCUUCGCAGCCUUCGCCUGGCCCACCUUCCCAAGCUUCCGGCGGCAGCCUCGCUGCAGCUGAUGUCCAUCUCAUCGCUGACGUCGCUGAGCUUGUGCAAUGUUGAUCUGCCCGGCGAAGCUUGGGAGGUGCUCCCGAAGUUGCAAGGAUUGCGUGACCUCACGAUCCAGAGGCGAGCACCGCCAAACUCUGCCACCGGCGCAGAGAUGCGGGCGACGGCAUUGCCGGCUUUGGAGCGCGCUCUGCUGCAAGUGGUGCAGAAUUGUCGGAGCUUGAGGAAACUGGACCUCUAUGGCAUGCAGUCCGCCAUUACCGACAAGCUGUGCCUGCUGUUGUUGCACAGUAAUCUCUCCUGGCCUUAUGGCAGUGGUCUUCGGUUCCUUCGCCUGGACCUCCGCUACGGUUGUGCCGCCGAAGAGGUGCUCCGUGCCGUGAAGGCUUCGGCGGCCCCAGCCAUGUCGGUUCGCAUUCUGCCGCAGGAUUCGUCGUCGUUGUCGCCGGUGCUGCCAGGCCUUGUGAAGGCCCAGGCGAAGAUUCGUGGGUACCUUGUCAGAAAGCAAGCCGAGAGACACAAGUGGACGCACAUGUUCCCCCUCAGCUCCUGCUGCACACAGUGA